AUGUGUCGUUUUUUAAUAAAUGAAUUUGCAGGCAUGCUGCUCGGGUGCUCGUUCAUGGUGGUUAUUGCAAUAUUUUUCACAUCCACUGCAUAUAUACUUGCCCAGACGUGGGGAAUCAUGCGAGACAGGUGGCCAGUCUACAAGCAACACUGCCGCAGGCCCUAUCCAGAAAUUGGAAUGCGAAGUUUUGGACCAAAAAUGAGGGUUUUUACAGCGCUAUGUGUCUACAUCACUUUGUUUGGCACAACAACUGUGUACGUCAUCCUCUCUUCCUCUAUCUUCCACAAUUUUCUGGCAUUUUUCGGUGUCCGAUUGAAGUUCUGCCUGCUGCUUCUCAUAUUGACCAUAAUGAUCUGGCCAGUUACAUUCCUCAAAUCACCAGCUGAUUUCUGGGUUGUUGUGGUGUUCGCACUCUCGUGCACCAUAUUCGCAGUGAUUUUGAUCAUGAUUGGCAUUGGCUUGGACUACGAUUGCAAGUCGGUAGCCGUUUACGAUGACUUAUCAUACCGUUCAAUUUACAGCCUAGGAACGUUUAUAUUCGCAUUCAGUGGCCAUCAUGUUUUCCCGACGGUGCAGCACGACAUGUAUGAGCCCAAACAGUUCACCAAAUCUGUCUUGCUCGGAUACUCCAUGACAUGUUCCUUGUACAUGCCUGUAUCGGUGUUUUCCUACGCCGUCUAUGGGAGCAGCAUGAUCAGUUCGGUAAUCAACUCACUGCAGACAAGCUGGAUCCGAUACGCAUCCGACUUGGCGAUUGCCUUCCACUGCGUGUUGACCAUUAUCCUCACAAUCAAUCCGAUAAAUCAGCAGCUCGAGGACAUUUUUCACGCACCUCACAAGAUGUGCUGGCAACGGGUUGCGAUUCGUACGGGUUUAUUAACAGUGAUUCUGUUUGUUGCAUUAUCAGUGCCAAAUUUCGGCUCGAUUAUGGAUUUCUUCGGAAGCACGACUGUCCCAUUUACAUGCAUCAUUCUGCCAACACUGUUUGGGUUGUGGUUAAAGGCCCAACGAUUCAAUGAGAAGACCAAGAAAUGGGAAGUGCCUACGUGGAAAGAGUUAGUAUUUCUUCAAGCAUAA